UUUAAUUAUGGGACCAUAUCAUAAUAUACUCAACAACUAGUUGUUCAAUCAUAUUAUAUGCCUUCUCCUAUAUGGCUGUCUCUAUUAUGUCAAGCCACUUUUCUCCUUCUCCUUCCCCUGCAAAAUAACUUGGUUUGAUCAAAUAUCAAUUCCCAACAAGUUCAGUUUUAAAGUUGCUGGCAAACAUAAACAUCAUGGGUGAUGGUCCUCGAGGAAUAGAGGUGUUUGAAGAUCAUUUUCAAGCUUCAACUUCUGGUGAAGACCCCAUGCAUAGCCCAGAUUUAUCUAAAUAUAUUGGAAGUAAUGAUUCUUUAAGAUCCAUUAGUAGAUCGUGGACUAGAAGAAAAUUGAAAGGGGCUGCUUCAAUUUUGAAUAUGUUUAGCCUCAACAAGCUACCUUGGAUGUCUGGCACAGAUGGUCAAGAAAAGGUAGUCUUAACUGCUGCAGAAGUAGAAUCUCUUCGAUCAGAACUCGGUGCUUUGGAAGAAAGAGAAGCUCAUUGCAAAGCUCAAUUAGAACACAUUGAUGAAGUAGUAAGGGCUGCACGACUUUCGGGGUAUUUGGACAUGAGAAUGAGAUGGGCAACUUUACCCGGAGAACCUCUUCCAGUUGAUGACACUGACGUUGAUGAUUGGCUGCCUAGAUUUUUUGUCCUUCAGGGAUCGUGUAUCUUCUGGUAUUCGUCAUGCACAGAUCUAAGCCCCCAAGAUUCAACCCUUCUAUCUGAUGUAGUUGAAGUUGGAACCUUACCUUGCCUGAUACGAGACAAUGAGGACAAACGAUAUUGCUUUUAUAUCUCAACUCGUUAUGGACUGAAAUAUGAAUGCUCUAGUAUUUCUAAGAUAAAGGUUGAUUCAUGGUUGGAAGCAUUACAGAGUGAUUGCAAGCUGCGGUCUGACUGAAAAACUAUUAAUGAGUUGACUAGGAAUCAACGUUAUCAGCUAGUAGCAGCAACAACCUCUAAAUAAGUCAGAUUCGGAACCAGAAACAUAUAUAUCACUUUUCCAAAACUUCCACUGCAACAUUUUAGCGUUUAGCCAGUGCAUUCUGUACAUAGUCUAGCAUACAGUCAUUGUAUAGCGUUGAAGGUUAACAUUCGAUAAAUUAGUUUCAGCAGAUGCUAAGGAUUGUGCUGAUCUAGUCAUGUACAACUUUAAUCUUGGUAUCUACAUAGUGAAGGAAAGCUUGCUGGCUCUAUGUGGCAAGGCAUUCUCAAAGCAUAUGAGUUUAGUACUUUUUAAUCUGUGGAGAAAAAUGAAUGAUUACAAUGCAAAUAAUGUUGUGAAUGAGGUAACCUUUUUAUGACAA